AUGACUUCUUCGCCUUCUCGUCCACAGGAGGCUAGCUCUCCUGCGCUAUUUUAUAACCCGUCUUCGUCUUCUCAGCCGGACACCUAUGAGCGAGGUCAGCAGAACGCCGGCAACAUGAUCGGAUCCUCUCCUUUCCACUAUCCAUCCUCUUCACAGUCGCAGCAGAAUACGCGGUCAAAUCGGGGCGGGGCCUUUUCUUCUCAGGGCGUUCCCAGGUCUGAGCGUUCUUACGCGGGCUCAUCACUGCCAGGCACGGCGAGGACUCGGCUGCAGCACUACGGGCGCAGUGAUAUUCAUGCGUCAGACCUUUCUUCGCCAAGACGCAUGGUCAACUUUAAUUCUCCAUCGACGUUAUCCUCGUCUGAUCCGCCAUCCGAGAAUGACGAGCCCAUGAGAAUUAUCUGGGGUACGAAUGUGUCAAUACAGGAGGUGGCAUGCACCUUCAAGAACUUUCUGAUGACCUUCAAGUACAAGUAUCGGAAGAUCAAAGACGAGCAAGAGCUGUUCAUAAACGAGACAACAGAUGAGGAAUUGUACUAUGUCAACCAGCUGCACCAGAUGAGGCAACUCGGAACCUGCAAUCUAAACCUUGACGUUAGAAACUUGAUUUCAUUUCCGGGCACGGAGAAGCUCUAUCAUCAGCUGCUAAACUAUCCACAAGAAGUGAUCUCCAUUAUGGACCAAGCUGUGAAGGACUGCAUGGUCCAGCUCGCAGUUGAUAUCGACGGCGCAGAGGGUAAUGAAAACCUAAUUGAGGUUGAGUCGAAAAUAUACAAGAUCAGGCCGUACAAUUUGGAUUCAGAGAGGGGCAUGAGAGAGCUCAACCCGAACGACAUCGAUAAACUAGUAAGCAUAAAGGGUCUUGUUCUUCGUUCCACUCCUGUCAUUCCAGAUAUGAAAUUGGCAUUUUUCAAAUGUAGCGUAUGUGACCAUACCACGGCGGUAGAAAUUGAUCGUGGUAUUAUCCAGGAGCCGUUGCGGUGCCCGCGUGUUGCAUGUAAUCAGAGAAACUCCAUGUCGUUAAUCCACAAUAGAUGCUCCUUUGCAGAUAAGCAAGUUAUAAAGUUACAAGAAACCCCGGAUCUUGUCCCAGAUGGCCAGACUCCCCACUCCGUGUCAUUGUGUAUAUAUGAUGAGUUGGUUGACAGCUGCAGGGCGGGUGACAGGAUUGAAGUGACAGGGAUCUUCAGGUCUAUCCCCAUAAGAGCAAAUCAGCGGCAGCGUGCCCUUAAAUCCCUGUACAAGACCUACUUGGAUGUUGUUCACGUUCGAAAAGUCAGCGCACGGCGCCUCGAUAUUGAUACCUCCACUGUUGAACAGCAAAUCCUCCAAAACCAGAUGGACAAUGUGGAGGAACUACGGAAAGUAACUGAUGAAGAUAUCGCCAAGAUCAAUGCUGUUGCAGCACGCCCGGAUGUUUACGAAGUCUUGGCCAGAUCCAUUGCGCCAAGUAUCUACGAACUUGAUGACAUAAAGAAAGGAAUUCUCCUGCAGCUAUUCGGCGGGACAAAUAAAACAUUUACAAAGGGUGGCAGGUAUAGGGGUGAUAUAAAUAUACUUUUGUGCGGUGAUCCAUCUACUUCGAAGUCCCAAAUCCUGCAGUACGUCCACAAGAUUGCUCCUCGUGGUGUUUACACAUCUGGUAAAGGUUCCUCUGCCGUUGGUCUAACAGCCUAUAUCACAAGAGAUGUCGACACCAAGCAAUUGGUGCUGGAGAGUGGUGCACUAGUCCUAUCUGACGGCGGUGUGUGCUGUAUCGAUGAAUUCGACAAGAUGAGCGACUCGACCCGUUCUGUUUUGCACGAAGUGAUGGAGCAGCAAACAAUAUCCGUGGCCAAGGCGGGUAUCAUCACCACUCUAAAUGCCAGAACGUCCAUAUUGGCAAGUGCGAACCCCAUAGGUUCACGAUACAACCCCAAUCUCCCCGUGACUGAGAACAUUGACCUGCCCCCUCCAUUGCUGUCUAGAUUCGACUUGGUAUACCUGGUGUUGGACAAGGUCUCCGAGUCCACCGAUCGAGAAUUAGCCAAGCACCUGACCAGCCUCUACCUAGAGGACAAGCCCGCCCAUGUGUCCGAGUCGGACAUCCUUCCGGUGCACUUUCUCACAAUGUAUAUCAACUAUGCCAAGCAGCAUAUUCACCCGGUGAUCACAGAAGGGGCCAAGACCGAGCUGGUGCGCGCCUAUGUGAACAUGCGCAGCAUGGGCGACGACUCGCGCGCAGAUGAGAAGAGAAUCACCGCCACUACUCGGCAGCUGGAAAGCAUGAUCAGACUGUCCGAAGCGCACGCUAAGGUGCGCCUUUCGCAGCAGGUUGAGGUCAGCGACGUCCAGGAAGCAGUGAGACUGAUCAAGUCUGCCAUCAAGGACUACGCAAUAGACCCCAAGACAGGCAAGAUCGACAUGAACCUUAUCCAAACCGGCAAGUCCGUGAUCCAGCGCAAGCUCCAGGAGGACCUUGCCCGUGAAAUUGUCCGCCUGCUAACCGAACGCUCUGCCGAUGUCAUCACCUACAAUGAGCUAGCCAGAUUGCUGAACGAGAACUCUCAGGACCGCCUGGACAACAUGACGAUUUCAGACGCUCUGAAUCGCCUGCAGCAGGAAGACAAGAUAGUGGUCCUCGGCGACGGCGUCCGGAGAUCGAUACGCCUGAACGGCCGUGUCUAG